AUGGCAGUUACUUACACCCUUCCAAGGCAUCCCCAGAUCUCAUCGUCUCUCCAGCCAUCCCCAGAUCUCAUCAUCUGUCAAGCCAUCCCCAGAUCUCAUCGUCUCUCAAGCCAUCCCCAGAUCUCAUCGUCUCUCCAGCGAUCCCCAGAUCUCACCGUCUCUCAAGCCAUCCCCAGAUCUCAUCGUCUCUCAAGCCAUCCCCAGAUCUCAUCGUCUCUCAAGCCAUCCCCAGAUCUCAUCGUCUCUCAAGCCAUCCCCAGAUCUCAUCAUCUGUCAAGCCAUCCCCAGAUCUCAUCGUCUCUCCAGCCAUCCCCAGAUAUCAUCGUCUCUCAAGUCAUCCCCAGAUAUCAUCGUCUCUCCAGCCAUCCCCAGAUCUCAUCGUCUCUCCAGCCAUCCCCAGAUAUCAUCGUCUCUCAAGCCAUCCCCAGAUCUCAUCGUCUCUCCAGCCAUCCCCAGAUCUCAUCGUCUCUCAAGCCAUCCCCAGAUCUCAUCGUCUCUCAAGCCAUCCCCAGAUCUCAUCGUCUCUCCAGCCAUCCCCAGAUCUCAUCGUCUCUCAAGCCAUCCCCAGAUCUCAUCAUCUCUCAAGCCAUCCCCAGAUCUCAUCAUCUCUCAAGCCAUCCCCAGAUCUCAUCGUCUCUCCAGCCAUCCCCAGAUCUCAUCGUCUCUCAAGCCAUCCCCAGAUCUCAUCGUCUCUCCAGCCAUCCCCAGAUCUCAUCAUCUCUUCAGCCAUCCCCAAAUCCCAUCACCUCCAAAUCCCAUCAUCUCUCCAGCCAUCCCCAGAUCUCAUCGUCUCUCAAGCCAUCCCCAGAUCUCAGCAUCUCUUCAGUCAUCCCCAGAUCCCAUCACCUCAAAAUCUCACCAUCUCUCAAACCAUCCCCAGAUCUCACCAUCUCUCUUCUCUACACCCUUUGA